AUGGAAUCCUUUUGGCAUGAAUGCCCAGAACCUCUAGCUACUUCCUUGACACCUCUUCCUUCUAUUCUCCUCUCACUAAGGACAAAAAUGAAUGCAAGAAAGCUUGGAAAACGAAGUACAACGUCCUUUCCCAUUCUGAAACCAAGAAAAAAAUACAACUUCAAUUCUAUUAAGAAGUUUCCUGGAGCAAUUUUGUCUGGUGUGCAUUCAAGAUCAAUUUCAAAACCGUCGUCCCAAGUGGAGAGUAAGGCUCAAAACCAACAACCCAAGUCCAAGAACAACAACCUGAGGCUGAACCAAUAUUUGCGUAAGAAAACCAACACUAGUGCUCCCUCACUCCCUUAUCUGGACAAUCGUUGUGGGAAGAAGAACACAGUCAGCGUGGUAAAGAUCCUUCCUCAGGACCAUAACCUUCCACUCAUUACCACUAAAAGCUUGGUGAAGGUACUCUCAAUGUCUCAGGAAAACCAACACCAUAAUCUGGGGCUGCCCUCAGAGAUCAAGACUUCAUCCAAUCUCUGCAGCCAAAGCCAGAACUUCAAGUCAGAGGAAAUCAUGACAUCCCACAAGUUUCCUCUGACAGCAGCAGAAGCCCUAAAACAUUUUAAGAAUCAACUGUCUGUGUAUGAACGAAAUGAAGUCCUGGGCUACACAGAAUUAUGGUUCCUGGGGCUUGAGGCCCAGAAAUUAGAUGUACUUCCUGAAAAACACGGCAAGACAAGCUAUGAUGAUGAGCAUGGCUCCUAUAUUAAGGUCCUGCAUGAUCACAUUGCCUACCGUUAUGAGGUCCUGGAGAUGAUUGGCAAAGGAUCCUUUGGGCAAGUGGCCAAGUGUUUGGAUCACAAGAAGAAUGAGUUGGUGGCACUGAAAAUCAUCAGGAACAAAAAGAGAUUUCACCAUCAAGCCCUUGUGGAAUUGAAGAUCCUGGAAGCCCUCCGAAAGAAAGAUAAAGAUAAUACAUACAACGUAGUACACAUGAAGGAAUUCUUUUAUUUCCGGAAUCACCUCUGUAUUACCUUUGAACUUCUGGGGAUCAAUUUAUAUGAGCUGAUGAAGAAUAAUAGCUUUCAGGGUUUCAGUCUGACUGUAAUUCGGCGCUUCACAGUCUCAGUUCUGAAGUGUUUGCAAAUGCUGCAUGUAGAGAAAAUCAUUCACUGUGAUCUCAAGCCAGAGAACAUUGUUCUAUACCAAAGGGGCCAAGUAUCAGUUAAAGUUAUUGACUUUGGCUCAAGCUGCUAUGAACAUCAAAGAGUGUACACUUACAUCCAGAGUCGUUUCUACCGUUCCCCGGAGGUGAUUCUGGGCCAUCCCUAUGACACCGCCAUUGACAUGUGGAGUUUGGGCUGCAUUCUGGCAGAGCUGUACACUGGCUACCCACUUUUUGCUGGGGAGAAUGAAGUAGAACAGCUGGCCUGCAUUAUGGAGGUGCUGGGUCUGCCACCAAUCUACUUAAUUCAGACCGCCUCCAGGAGGCAAACAUUCUUUGAUUCCAAAGGUUUUCCUAAAAAUAUAACCAACAACAGGGGGAAAAAAAGAUAUCCAGAUUCCAAGGAUCUCACUACAGUGCUGAAAACCUGUGAUACCGGCUUUUUGGACUUUCUGAAAAAGUGCUUGAUAUGGGACCCUGCUCUUCGAAUGACUCCUGACCAGGCUCUCAAGCAUGCCUGGAUUCAGGAGUCAAAGAGCCUUAAAGCACGGUCCAAAACCCAGAACAUGAAGAAAGCCAGCCUCUGCUUCCUUGCAGAAAAGAAGGAUAAAGUCCAGCAACAACCCCGCUUGGGAAAAACAGCAGAAAAGCCCCCCAGGGCAGAGGUCACAGAUACAACCAAAGAUGGAGCUACUGAGAAUGAUCAAGAGCCUGGUGACGAGCAGGGCCCCGCCCAACCUUUGGGUGAAGGCAAAAUGGAACUCGCAGGGAUAACCAGUGUCUGGUUGCCACCUUUAACAGACGCUCCAGGAAAACUAGAGGCAGAUGAGGAAUCAGAGGAGUGUACAGACUCCGAGGGAGAAAGUAGCAAAGAGACAUCUCCCAAGAACCCUACAUCCUUUUUACCACCCAUUGUAUGA